AUGUUAGACACAGCCAGCAAUGGGAACUUCCUCAAUCAAGAUGUGGAUGAUGGCUGGCAGCUUGUGGAAAACAUUGCAAACUCCAAUGGAAGUUAUGGAGAAGAGUAUGAUCGCACCAACCGGAGCUCGACCCACCACUCGAUCGAGUCCGAUGAGAAAUUGAGAAAAGAUGUCAAAUCGUUGAAUGAGAAGUUGGAUAAGCUUAUCUUAGCUCAGUCCACAAUGAAGAAGGUCAAUUUUGUGUCUGCUGAAGAGAUGGAACCAGUCCAAGAAGGGGAGGAUACACAAUUUGCUGAAGUAUGUUACAUGAGCAAUGGGCAAGGAGGUUUACCUCAACAACAGCAAGCUCGAUCGAGUCAAGCUCCACAACAUGGGUAUGGUCCUAAAAACAACUACCAAGGCCCUCAAGGGACUUUUCCUGGUCAGCAAAUGCACAUACCACCUGGCUUUCCCCACCAACCACCCCAGCCUGCACCUACACCUGAGCAUGAGCUCAAGGCUAUGCUAAACAAUUGCUUCAAGGGCAAGCUGAUGGUGUUGUGGACACAAGCAAGAAGUUGCUGA